AUGAACAAAACUACCCACUGGCUACGAGAAUUUCAUUUUUACUACGAAGUCAGCGUCUUCAUCGUAUCAUGGUUCCUAGGAUGGUUAGUACUAUUACUGAUCAUGUUUAAGACGCCCAAAUCAUUCAGAGGAUACAGUCACAUGAUUGCGAUGAAUACUGUAGUUGAUCUCAUUUACUCUGUUACAGAUCUGAUCACUAUGGAGGUAAGGGCAACUUGGAUUUGAAAAAAGUUUGAAAUUUUGUGAAAUUUAAAAAUUUUUGUUUUUGAAAUUUGAAUUUUUCAAAACUGAAAAUUUUUUAAAGAUUUUUUACCUACAUCAAUAUCCUGACCUAUAACAUCAUAAAACCCACUUUUUCAGACAGUAGACCUUCACGGAGCGAUAUUGUACAUGUUUCCAGCCAACCCCUACUUUCCCACAAACAUCAUCAGUGCCCGAUGGUGUUCUUCCUUCUGGAUCUUUGCCCUUUACAUGACAAUUAUGGCGUUACCAAUGCAGUUCAUGUACAGAUAUGGCCUCGUAUGUUGUGAUAAACCAUUCACAAACCGACAGUUGGCUGGAACAUACGGAGUUUCAUUACUGUACCUUCUAGUACAUUGUUAUAUAUUCAAAUUUACUUUCAAAGCGCCGAGCAAAGAAUAUACUAAAAUAUUAGCGGAAAACCCGAUUUACACCAAUGAUAUGCCUUCUGAUUACAUUGCUGGGGAUGCGGUAAGGUUUAGUUUGAAGUUACUUGAAGUAGUUAUCACUGUUGUAUUUAAAAAAAUUAAUUUUUACACAAGAAGUUAAACACGGUUCACUUUUUUUGCAUUUUUAACCCAAAAAACGGUAUUUUUUAAAAUGUGACAAAGUGUCAAUAUUGAUUUUUUUAUUUUUGUACGACCACAUUUACAACACAACGUAUAUUACUACCAAGCUAAUAUACAUACGUUAAAAAGCGCAUUUUAAACGCGUAGCGCACAAAACUUUGUUAGACGACGUGUCACCAUUGAUUUUUAUUCAAAGAGACAAUAAAGCGCAACGUAUUUUACAACACAACUUUAAUGUUAUAAAUAAGCUGUAAUUUCAGCACGAACUAAAUGCCAUGUUUGCCCACUUUGCCAAUUGUGAUCUUAUCAUUAUGGCAGCCUAUGGAGCCGUAUUUUACUUCGGCUACCAAAUUUCGAAAACACUCAAAAGAACGAUGGGGAACUUGUCACGAGAAACGGCAGCAGCUCAACGACAUAUCACAAGGAUCAUGGUUUUGCAGGUAAUAUAAUUUUCUAAAAAAUUUAAAUUUUAAUUUUAAAAAUUAACUUGCAUGAUAUUUCAAAAUUUUAAAUUUUUUCAAAAUUUAAAAAUUUUUUUUUUAAAUUUUUAAGUUAUUUUAACCUUACUACAAAAUUGACCGCAAAACUAAAGUGCAAAGCAGUUUUUAAAUUCCCAGUAAUUUAACAAAAUUUAAAAAAAAACUAAAUUUAAUUGUUCCACACCGUUCUUUAAACCCUGUUGGCCCACCAACUCGUGGGUGGUCAAUCAAUUAUUAAAGUUUACAAAAAUGGCUAAAAAUAAGUUUCGUAGACUUUUCAAAUGUCAAGGUCAACCUUCGUUUGGGUAUUAAUCUCAUUUUGCUUUUUAUGUCAUUUUUUAAUUUAAAAUGUCAUUUUUCAUUGUAAAAUGUCAGCGAUUUUUAUGCAAAAACUUUUACGGAUGUGCGUUGGUGUAUAUUAUAGCAGCAAAGCACUUUGUAAGAUGUAAAAAUAUUUUAAGAAAAUGAUUGUGAAAGCACGUGUAGUAGUUACACAUGUUAUAGUAGUAACAUUACAUCAUUUGAAGUUUAAAAAAUAACAGGAAAUUUUGAAGAUUUCAAAGAAUUUUAAAAACAGCGAUAUCAUAACAUCAUUCUUAAAAAGCCACGGAUGUAAAGUAUAAAAUCUAAAUUUAAAACCUUCUUAUCACUAAUAACAACCCCCAUUUUCAGGCCCUCUACCCCCUCAUCUCUCUAGUCAUUCCAACCGGAGCCAUAGCCUUAUACCCCUUAAUUGCCACGCCCGGCGUCAUGAUUCAACUCGGCUUCUUUGGAUGUAUAUCCAUGAAUCUUAUCCCAGUACUGAACCCCUUAUCAGUACUACUGGUCAUUCCCAUGUACCGACAAGCUAUCAUCGACUUCAUCACUACUGGCAAAUUCCGAGUCAAAAUUGGCAACUCGACAGCAGUUAGCAAAAUAUCGACCAGUCAAAUGUUUUGA